GGGAGAUAAACCACCACUAUCUCCUGCAACUCCAAUCCCUUUCUGUGCCUGAAACCCACACCAGAAAAGAAAAAAAGAAAUCACUUCACUCUCUCUUUCUCCGUCGAUUUCGCGUCUUCUUCAAUGCAGUGAGACGAAACCCUGAUUCCAAUUUCAACCCCGAUUUCAAAAUCACAUCUUUUUCUCUCUGUCGAACUUUCGGGGAUUUCUCUUUCUCUCUCUCUUGGUUUUUUUUGUUUGUUUGUUCUCGUCUGGCUUUGGUAGGGUUCAUUGCUUCCGAAGCUGAGAAUGGUUGUACCAACCGAUCAGGAGGCUUGUGAUUGUCCUCGUUGUUCCUGCUUCGGCUCGAGCUCUUGCUAUGACCUCUGUUGACGAAACCCUAAAUGCUCUGCAAUGGGGAAGGCAGAGGAUGAUCGGAAUCUUCAGUCCGGCAUCGCUGGCGCCGGCGGAGAAUCUAUCGGCGGCGCGUCUGAGAGAAAUGCGCGUCGCGGCUUCUGCCUCCGCGGCUGCGGUCCGAUCUUGGGGCUUGUUGGGUUCAGAUGUCUCUUCGUGCUGAUUUUCUCCGUCGCUUUGUUUCUCUCUGCUCUAUUUUGGUUGCCUCCGCUUCAUUAUGACAGAGAUCUGACGGAUCCGGAUCUCGAUCCCAGGUUUAGAGAUCAUGAAAUAGUAGCGAGUUUUAGCAUCAAGAAGCCGGCUUCUUUGCUGAAUGAAAAUACAUUGUUGCUGCUUCAGGACGAUAUCUUUCAGGAGAUGAGCUAUGAUUCCAUCAAGGUAACUAUCUUGUCUGCUGAGCCUUCGUCUGGACAACCGAACACUACAAAGGUUGUGUUUGGAAUCGACCAUGAUGAGAGACACCGAGAGAUAUAUCCUCUGUCUUUGAGUUCUAUCAGGGAAAGUUUCGAAUCGUUGCUCAUAAAUCAAUCCUCUCUCCGGCUAACGAAGUCUUUGUUCGGGGAACCGUUCCUCUUCGAAGUACUAAAGUUCCCGGGAGGAAUUACCGUGAUUCCACGACAGCAAGUGUUUGUUUUGCAGAAAGCCCAGAUUCUUUUCAAUUUCACCCUAAACUUCUCUAUAUAUCAGAUACAGACAAAUUUCGAUGCUCUGACCAGUCAACUAAAGAAGGGACUGAAUCUAGCACCGUACGAGAAUUUGUUUGUAACCUUAUCGAACUCAAAGGGUUCCACGGUAUCUCCCCCGACGGAUGUUCAUUCAUUGGUGGUGCUGAGAGUCGGGAAUUCAAGGCCAAGAGCAAAGCAACUGGCCGACACUAUCACGGGGUCCCGCUCGAAAAACCUCGGUCUCAACAAUACCAUAUUCGGUAAGGUCAAGCAAGUUCGGUUAUCUUCUAUCUUACCAAACAGCAGUAGUGAUGGUGGCGCCAACUCUCCGGCUCCCUCGCCUCUUCCCCAUGGCCACCACCACCAUCACCACCAUCAUCACCACCAUCAUCAUCACCAUGACCACAACCAUCAUCAUCACCAUGACUCUCCCGAGGUUUCACCAGCACCUGCAGCCGAUAGAGGAUCACUUGCUCCCGAGGCAAGCUCGCCUUCUCCUCAGAGAAGUCCUGAAAAAGCUCCUUCUGCUCCUCCGCCCUGCCAGUUCGGGAAUAGAGGACGGAAAAGAGGAACCACCCGGGUUAGACACUCGCAUUUGGCUCCUGCACCUGCACCUGCACCAUAUCUCUCGCGGCACUACCCUGCCCGACCCCCGCAUCAGCAUCUGCGCUCUCCAGCUCCAAAUCCCGAGUCAAAGUCUCGUUUGGUCCCGAUGUCCGCUCCUUUACCCCACGUCGUGUUUGCCCAUUCUCAACCACCGCCCGAGAGCCAAUCACACUCACAGCAUUCGGAUGGAGUUGCACCCGUCUCGCCGCCAUCACCCUCUUCGUCAAAUGCAGGUUUGGCAACCGUCAAAUGGACCAUCUUGCUUGUGUUGGUGGCGGCAGUUCUUAACGGAUAAACGGUAUGAAGGGGCGUGUGUUGCAUUACAUAUCUCUUCCUUCUAAGUUAUAUAUGAGAGAAGUCUUCCUCGUUCCAGAAAGUUCGAGGUUAAUUCAGAUGAACUAAACACACGAAAAAGAAAAAGAAAGGGAAGAAGAACACAAAAGAGUGUUCAUAAUCCCCAGUGAGUGUAUGUAUGCUUUGGCUUCCGCGUGUAUAUAAAUCCGUCGAGAAAUUUGCUUCUCGGGUGGUAAAGCCACCUCCGAAAAAAAACUUGGGAUCAUAUAUCAAUAAUAUCUGAAACCUCUACUUAAACA